UAGCAUAGCCUGGUCUUGUGUCAGUCGCUCAUCGGAAAUGCAGAGGCCGCCCUUGCAGGACAGCAGUCCAGAGGCCCGAGGAGGGGUACGCCGUGAAAGCCCCGCCCGGAGUCAGCGCAGCGGCCCCAGGGAUCAACAAGGCCAUGGCGCUGACGGUCCGGAGACAAGGUCGCUCUCAGCAGACACAGACCUGAGGACCCAGCAGAGCAGUGACCGCAGCAGGGCGGCCAUGCCAGGCUCUCAACGCGCUCCUCGGCAGCAGCUGAACCCAGAGGUGGCGUCCAGGGCAUUCUGGGGAGGCCUCAGCCUGCUCCGCGUGCUGUGGUGCCUGCUCCCGCAGACGGGCUACGUGCAUCCCGAUGAGUUCUUCCAGUCACCGGAGGUCAUGGCAGAGGACGUCCUGGGCGUGCAGGCCACUCGGCCUUGGGAGUUCUACGCCAGCAGCUCCUGCCGCACGGCGGUCUUCCCGAUGCUCACCUCGGGCUCUGCCUUCUGGGUGCUCCGGCUCUGGGAGGAGCUGGGGCCAUGGCCAGGCCCUGUGAGUGGCUACGCGCUGCUGGUAGGGCCCCGGCUCCUCCUCACUGUCCUGUCCUUUGCCCUGGACCGGUCCGUGUACCACCUGGCCCCGCUGUGGGGUGCAGAUCGCUGGCGAGCGCUGGCCCUGCUGUCUGGUUCCUACGUCACCUUGGUGUUUUACACCAGGACCUUCUCCAACGCCAUCGAGGGGCUUCUGUUCACGUGGCUGCUGGUGUUGGUGUCCCCUCAUGUGGCAUGGAGGCUCACACCCAAGAAACCUGCCCCAGGCCCGUGGUGGCACAGCUGGCUUCUUGGGGCCGUGGUGGCUGCUGGCUUCUUCAACCGGCCCACGUUCCUAGCCUUCGCGCUGGUCCCCCUCCUCCUCUGGGGCCUGCGUGGAGCCCGAAAGCCCAGCUUCAAGUCCCUGGCCUGGGAGGCCCUGGUGCUGCUCCCCGGGGCAGCCCUGGCCGCAGGGGCUUUUGUGGCCGUGGACAGCUGGUACUUCUCCAGCCUCUCCAGGUCUAGCAGCUUGGUCCUUACCCCGGCCAACUUCCUGCGCUACAACCUGGAUCCCCAGAACCUCGCCCGACACGGCACACACGCGCGGCUCACUCACCUGGCCCUCAACGGCUUCCUGCUCUUCGGGGUGCUGCACGCUCAGGCGCUGCAGGCUGCAUGGCAGCAGCUGCAAGCAGGCCUCCGGGCGUGGGCACAGAUGGGCCUUGUGAGGGUGCAGGGUGCCCGGAACCUGCUGUCCAACCCCCGGGCAUCCCUCCUCCUGCUCUACUUCGUGCCCUUGGCCCUGCUGUCUGCCUUCAGCCACCAGGAAGCUCGGUUCCUCAUCCCCCUCCUCAUCCCGCUAGUCCUGCUGUGCAGCCCGCGGACCCACCCGGUGCCCUGGAAGGGCACCCUGGUCCUCUUCAACGCCCUCGGUGCCCUCUUUUUCGGCUGCCUGCAUCAGGGAGGCCUGGUACCCGGCCUAAGGGUCCUGGAGCAGGUGGUCCACGCCCCCGUGCGCCCAGGCCUGCCCACCCACUACACGCUCCUCUUCGCGCGCACCUACAUGCCGCCCCAGCACCUCCUGCACCUCCCGGGCCUCGGGUCGCCUGUGGAGGUGGUGGACAUGGGUGGCAGCGAGGGCCGGGUCCUGUGCCAAGCCAUGAAGAACUUCACCCGGCAGCCGGCUUGCCAGGUGGCCGGCGGGCCGUGGCUCUGCCGCCUCUUUGUGGUGACGCCUGGGACCACCAGGCACGUCGUGGAGAAGUGCAGCUUCCCCCUCAAGAACGAGACGCGCGUGUUUCCCCACCUAACCCUGGAGGACCCCCCUGGCCUGUCCGCCCUGCUGAGUGGAGCUUGGAGGGACCACCUUAGCUUGCACAUCGUGGAGCUGGACGCGGCGCCUGACGGAAUGGCACAGAAGUUGCUGCCCAAGGCGUAGCCGCACAAGGCCCUCCAGCUGGACUGGACGUGCGACGGGGCCUUGGUGCCCCGCAUUCCCACUGCCGCCUCUCCCAGGCAUGGCCGCGGGUGUUCUGCCUUCUGGGUGAGCCCGUGUUCUUCUCAGACACCACACAUCAGAACUGUCACAGUCCUGAUGCUAAGGUCCCCAAAGAGCCCUGGUGUAACCCACAGCACCCAGUAUGUGCCUACCCUACUGCUUUCAGCCACUGUUUGUGUUUUCAAUAUCUAGUACCUGGCUGUGAAAAAAGACAAUAAACUGCCGAUGACAUCCCUCUU